ACAGUAUAACAUUUUCCUCCUCUGGUGUCCUCCUCUUCAUCCCGCUGUCCCGUGCCCUCACUGCUCCUACCUCUCCGCAAUCACCGCCUCCCCUCUCCUACGCCGCGUGACUCUUCCCGUUCUCUCUCCCAUGCCGGUUAGCUGGGACGCGGGAGCACAUGGGCUCGCUCGCUCGCUCCCUGCACCUACGCUCUAGCCUCGCACUGCCGCGCGCCGAUUCGUCUCAAAUACUCUCCUUCCCCAGCCGUUCCUUCGCGCUCGCUGGCAGCUUCGCUCACAACCUCGUCCACAGCCUCGGUCCUAGCCUCACCCUGAGCCUCGGUCGUAGCUCCGUCAACAGCCUCGCCUGUCUAUCCGCUUUUGCGAUCUCUCUUCCCCUACUGUCAAAUCGUCCUCUGCUGGGAAACUUCCGAGUAUCUACCAAUACCCACCGUUCUAUCAUUGCUGACAUGGCGGAAUCACCUCCUAGAGCCACGCCGACGCAGAUCUCCGCACACACCGCGACGCACGCCGCGAAACGCGGGGCUCUGAUCGUUCUCGAAGGGCUGGAUCGAAGCGGCAAGUCGUCGCAGGCGGCUCGACUAGUGGCGCACUUAGAAUCCCGGGAUUUAGGGCCCGUGAAGGCGAUGCGGUUUCCAGACCGGAGCACCAGGAUUGGACGGCAGAUAGACGCGUAUCUGAGGGAGACGAAGGAGAUCGACGACCGUCGGAUUCACGAGCUGUUUGCGGCGAAUAGAUUCGAGAAGAAGGAGGAGAUGGAGGCGCAGCUGGCAGAGGGCACGUCACUGGUGGUGGACCGAUACUCGUUCUCAGGCAUCGCUUACUCCGCAGCCAAGGGGCUGGACGUGCACUGGUGCAAGUCAAGCGAGGUGGGGCUGCCAGCGCCGGAUAUUGUCAUCUACCUCGAUAUCAACCCACAGCAUGCGGCAGAGAGGGGUGGGUACGGUGGAGAGCGGUACGAGAAGGUGGAGUUCCAGCAGCGAGUGGCUCAGCACUUCUAUGCACUGAAAGACGACACCUGGACGGUGGUGGAUGCAUCUCUACCUUUAGAGGAUGUCGCAACCGAAGUUUGCAAGCUUGCAGAAUCCAUUGUGCGUAGGUGUAAGGGUGGGGAGCUUCCUUUGCGACACCUAUGGGAUUGAUGAUACGUUGCAUUGAGAAUCCAUAUGUAGCCCUGUCUGGGGCUAGCUAUUGAGCUCUCUUUUGUAUGUGUUUGAUAGCAUAAUAAUGUGGUCGAUUGGCU